CUUCGAGGAGUCUCUCCAGAGUUGCUCUCUACUGAAACUCUUCUGGUUCAACACGGACCCUGAAGAUGGCUCCUUCAGCCAGCCUUCUGCUGCUGCUCCUGCUUGGCCUCUCUCGGGCUGUUCAUCUGAUGAAGGAAGAACAAAAGAAGGAAGGACGCAGACAUGGACACCAUGUUGGACACCUUCAUGAGCAUAAAGAUUUGGCUGAUGAGAAACACCUUCAUGAGAAGAAAGAUUUGGCUGAUGAGAGACACAUUCAUGAGCAUAAAGAUUUGACAGAUAAUGAGAAACGUUAUGGGAAAAAAGAUUUGGCAGAUUAUGGACACUAUCAUCAUCACCAUCACAGACACGAUCAUGAUUGGGAUGAUGAUAAACACCUUCAUGAGAAGAAAAAUUUGGCUGAUGUGAGACACCUUCAUGAGCAUAAAGAUUUGGCUGAUAAUAAACACCUUCAUGAACAUAAAGAUUUAGCUGAUGAGAGAAACCUUCAUGAGAAUAAAGACCUUGCUGAUAAUAAACACCUUCAUGAGAAUAAAGGUUUGGCUCAUGAGGGACACCUUCAUGAGCAUAAAGGUUUGGAGGAUAAUAAACACCUUUAUGACCAUAAAUAUUUGGCGGACGAUAGACAACUUCAUGAUAAGAAAAAUUUGGCUGACGAGAAACACCUUCAUGAGCAUAAAGAUUUGGUUUAUGUUGGAUACCAUCAUGGAGACCAACAAGACGUGGAGAAGAAUGAACAUAAAGAUGGAGACCAUGAAGUUUAUGAUGACAACAAAAAAAAUGAAAACCAUGUGGACAUUUCCACCAGGAUUCUUACCACUAAUAAUGGAUCAGACGAAUUGCUGCUGGAAGGAGACAUGAUGAUUCCCAAAACCAGAAAUGCCAUGAAGUGCUUCUACAACAGCUGCCUGUGGAGAAAAUCCUCCAACGGCUUGGUGAUGGUCCCCUACAUCAUAGGCAAUGAGUUUGCCGGCUAUGAAAAGCAGACGAUCCUGGGUGCCUUGAUGGCAUUCGCUGCCCACACCUGUAUUCGCUUUGUCCCUCGUACCAAUGAAAAAGACUUCAUCAUGAUUCAUAGCAAAGGCGGAUGUUACUCUGCACUGGGCAGAACAGGAGGAAUGCAGGAACUUUCGCUCAACAAGGGGGGCUGCAUCUAUGGUGGAAUCGCCCAGCAUGAGCUAAAUCAUGCUCUGGGCUUCCAGCAUGAGCAGACCAGAAGCGACCGGGACAGCUACGUCAGGAUCAACUGGCAGAACAUCAUACCGGCAAGUGCCUACAACUUCUUCAAACAUGACACCAACAACCUGAACACACCUUAUGACUACAGCUCCAUCAUGCACUAUGGAAGAGAUGCCUUCUCCAUUGCCUACGGAAGGGACAGCAUUACCCCCAUCCCCAACCCCAACGCCCAGAUUGGUCAGAGGAAUGGAUUGUCUUACUGGGACAUCAGAAGAAUCAACAUACUCUACAACUGCUAACUGAUGCUGAUUGAUGCGGAAUACAAAAUGCUGUUCUAAAUGUUGAGGUGGCAGAAUAUAUCACCUCACAAGCUUAAACUAUAUUCAAUAAAGAUGCUGCAAAAUUA